CGGGUUAGCAUUAACGAGCUACCGGUAUCUGCAUUAGUUAGAAUGACAUGAUCUCACAUCCUCAAUCGAUCAUUUUGGUGCAAGCUCCAUCGAGCCAUGCGACAGUGGUGCCUCCCGGCUGCGGUACCGCGACCCGAACCGAUGCCCACAGGGCGCCUCUCACCCCCGCUAUCAGAUGUGAGGAUGGAGUGUUGUGAGGUGGAGCCACGGUAUACCAUCGAGCAGAUCGACCUCCUUCAGCGUCUCCGUCUCUCAGGGAUGACCAAGCCACAGAUCAUCCAGGCCUUGGAGUCCCUAGAGCGGCUAGAUCCCGACCAUCGCCCCCCGUACUGCAACGACACCCACGCCGCCAACCCCACAACCAACACUACCCCUACCACAGCCUCCGCCCCAGCCCCCUCCUCCUCUUCCUCCUCCUCUUCUUCCUCCCUCUCCUUGGCAUCCGCCACAACGCAGACCCCUGGGCUAGACGGUGCCUCACUGUCGCCUAGCAACAGUUAUGAGGCCUCUCCCCCACCGCUGUACCCACAUGGGGUUGGAGUUCAGAAGUCGUUUAGCUAUGACAUCAUGGCAGAGGAGGACUGGGAUCUGGAGGAGAAGGUGGAGGAGUACAUGAGGAGGGACAGUAACCUGGUGAAGGAGGAGAUUAAAACCUUCCUCAACAACCGCAGGAUCUCCCAGGCCAUCGUGGGACAGGUGACAG